AGUGUCAAAUGGUUUCGGAGAAGUAAAGGGCAGCAUCUGUGUAUUUGUUUAUAACUUUAUAUGCUUAGAUUAGAUGUUGUCUGAAAACAAAACCAGGGGUACGCUUCCCCGGUUUGGAUUUUUCUCACGAAUCCUGGAGCCUCCAAAGCCCACUGCUUUGCUUUGCAUCGGUCCUUGGUUGAUCUCAGAUGUUCUAUGUUUUUGUGCUGUUUUGAGAAAGGGGUUUAUCUGGUCAAGAUAUUGAAGGCUUGAUUCUGAAGAAGCAAUUGUCUGAAUCACAAAAAUGUCAAUCCUUCGGAAGUUAAGGUGUAUAACUGUUGAUGUUACUGGAACGUUGAUAGCUUACAAAGGAGAACUCGGAGAUUACUAUUGCAUGGCAGCCAAGUCAGUGGGGUUGCCUUGUCCCGAUUACAAGCGCAUGCAUGAAGGCUUUAAGACUGCAUAUACAGACAUGGCAAAACGAUAUCCAUGUUUUGGAUAUGCCGCGAAAAUGCCCAAUGUUGAUUGGUGGAGAUCGUGUGUCAAGGACUCUUUUGUGAAGGCUGGGUAUGAGUACGAUGAUGAGACAUUUGACAAGGUGUUCAAACGAAUAUAUUCAUCAUUUGGUUCUUCUGCGCCAUAUUCAGUAUUUCCAGACUCACAACCCUUCCUCAGAUGGGCACGCCAAAAGGGGUUAACUAUUGGACUUGUUAGCAAUGCAGAGUACCGAUAUCAAGAUGUUAUUCUUCCUGCAUUGGGACUAAAUAAGGGAUCGGAGUGGGACUUUGGUGUGUUCUCUGGCAUGGUAGGUGUAGAAAAACCUGAUCCCAGGAUUUAUGAGAUUGCACUGGAGAUGGCUGGGAAUGUUGCGCCAGAAGAAGUACUGCAUAUCGGGGAUAGCAUGCGCAAAGACUACAUACCAGCUAAAACCUUAGGGAUGCAUGCACUGCUAUUGGACAGAUUUAAGACAAAGGACGCGGAGAGUUGGAGACAAGCCGGUGCGCCUGUGUUUCCCGACCUUGUUGCAGUGCAGGAUUGGCUUGCCAAGGAGGACAAUGUUGCUGCUCGCCUGAAUUAAAAAAAUGGCGGAACCUCUGGUUCAUGAGGAGAAAAACAAAAUCAGACUUUUCUGACAAAUUACCGAGAUUGCUGUAGGGGUGUAUUUGGUGAACGUCAAACUGAUUGUAUGUUUCUCCAUUGCAAAUCAUAAUUAUCAGAAAAUAUUCUCAA